AUGGCUGGGAACCAGACGAUCAAGAGAAUUUUCGAGGUCCCUGCAUUCAAUGCCGCCGACGGCACCCUUCGCAUAUGGCCCUGCUUCCACCGGUCGCCGGUCUUCACCGCCGGCGGCUACGAGUGGUCGAUCAGCUACUACCCCAAAAGCAUCUACGACCGCGACAGCAUCGACCUCUGCCUGCAGCUAGAGUCUGAGGGCCCCGGGGGUGACGAUAUCAGAAAACCUUGCUCGGUCAGGGGAGAGCUUUUCCACGCCCACAAGGUUGUACUCUCCACGCGGUCGCUGGUUUUCGAGGCGGAGCUGUUCGGGGGGCCGACGUCGACGGCGGAGGCGAGCCAAGCCCCGGCGGCGGCCAUCGAGGUCGACGACAUGAGGCCUGAUGUGUUCAAGACCCUUCUGCACUAUAUCUACACGGACACCCUGCCGGCCACGGAGGGAGAAGCCGAUGAUGACGAGGAGGCGAGGAGCCAGAUGACGCGCCACCUGCUUGUCGCUGCGGACCGGUACGGCCUGGAGGGGCUAAAGCUCCUGUACGAGGGGGAGCUCGCCAAGACCCUCGGCGAGGGUAACAUGGCGGAGAUGCUGGCCUUCACGGAUGAUCAGUACUGCAGCACGCUUAAGGACGCCUGCGUCGGGUUCAUGGUGGCCUCGCCGGAGAGGAUGGAGAGGGUGGUGGCGAGCUACGGAUACCAGCAACUCUGCUUGUGA